GCGUCCGCGUCCGGGGACUGGGGCAUGGCCCGCCCGUCGACGCGCGGGCCCGUGAUCAAAGUCAAGGAGAAAGACUCGCGCGGCGACGCGGAGCUCGGCCGCGGCGUCGACGACCGGGCGAGAUCUUCUUCCGAUCUCUCCUCCGCGGCCGACGCCGUCGCCACCGCGUCCGCGUCGUCGUCCGUCGCGACGGUCUCCCCCGACGCCGCCGCGUUCUCGUGCAAGAAGUGCGCGCGCGGGUCCUCGUGCUGGCCCGUGCACGUCGUCACGCAGAGCCUCGCGAAGAUGCGCGACGACUCCAAGCGCGGUCGCGCGGCGUCCGCGCGCCGCGGUGGCGCGUCGUCGUCGUCGUCGUCGUCGUCGUCGUCGUCGUCGUCGUCGUCGUCGUCGUCGUCGCGCGCGAUCGAUCCCGAGGCGCCGUGGGCCGCCAUCGACGGCCUCCGCGCGGACGGCCAUCGCCCGACGUUCAAGACGUACACCGCGCUCAUCACCUGCGUCGGCGAGCUCGGCACCCCGCGCGACGCGGAGGUCGUCCUCGACCGCAUGCGCGACGCGGGCGAGUCCCCGGACGCUCGCGCGUUCAACGCCGUCGCGCACGCGUGGUGCGCCGCGGACGACCCGCGAUCGGCGGAACGCGUCGUCGAGCGCAUGCUCGGCGAGGGCGUGCGACCGAACGACGCGACGUACCCGGAGAUCGUCCACGCGUACGCCAAGGCGGGCGCGACGAGCCGCGUCGAGGCGGUCAUCUCGCGCAUCGAGAGCGACGCGGGAGAGCUCGCGCUCGGCGAGAAGGUGUACCACGCCUUCGUGCGAGGUUGCUGCGACGGCGGGAGACCGGAGGACGCCGAGCGCGUCAUCGAGCGGUGGCGGUACGAACAGUUCGACAUGGAGCGCGUCGCGGAUAAGAAGGGAGCGAUAUGCAAGCCCGUCGCGGCGUCGUACGGGAUGAUCAUCGAUCACUACGCGCGCGACGGACGCAUGGGCGACGCGCGGCGGCUGCUCAAUCAGAUGCAGUGGGACAACGUGGCGCCGUCGAUCGACGUCUUCAACAUGCUGUUGCGAGGCUACCUCGCGAUCGGGAACGUCGGCGCCGCGCAGGACGUGUUUCGGGAGCUCGAAGGCGGCGGGACGUGGGACAUGGAGAGCCUCGGGAUCGAGCCCGACGUCGUGAGCUACACGAGUCUCCUCGACCACUGGGCCGCCGUCGGCGACGCGGAGCUCGCGGAGAAGGUGCUCUCGAAGAUGAUCGCGAAGGGGGUAACGCCUGAUCUUCGGACGUUUGGGGCGCUCGUGAAAGCGCACGCGCGCGCGGGCGACCCGGAGAGCGCGGAGGAUGUUUUGAGAAGGAUGCGCGAGUUCGACGCGCCGGCGGAGAAGAGAAGAGGCGGCGGCGGCCGCGGCGGCGGCGCGGGGGGCAAAAAGAAGGCGCCGCCCGCGAACGCGAACGCGAAGACGGCGGCGGCGGCUCGAAAGAAGCUGAAACCGAACGUGGUGCUGUACAGCACCGUCGUCAGCGCGUACGCCUCGCGCGGCGAAAUGCGCGAGGCGAAACGCGUCAUCGCUCAGAUGCCCGCCGACGGCGUGAAACCGAACGACCGCACGUACGGGCACUUAGUCUGGGGGUACGGCUCCCUCGGCGACGUCGCCGGGAUCACCGCGAGCGCGCGCGCGAUGGCGGAGGACGGCGUGAGCCUCCGCGCGGGCGGGCCGGGGCGAUCCGCGCUCGUGCGCGCGUGCCGAGAGUGUGGGCUGCCCGCGUCGCACGUGGAUCGAAUGGUCGACGCGCUGACGCCGACGCGGAAGAAGAACGGCAACGGCGGGGGGGGAUGGCGCAGGAAAGGCGACGGCGGCGGCGGCGGCGGCGGAGAGAAGCGGGCCGGCGGCGGGACGCGCGCGACGAAGGGGAAGCCGGGACCGGCGGCCCCGACCGCGUCGACGCUGCGCGUCGCCGGCGGAUCCCGCGGCGUGGGGCGCGUCCGCGUCGGGGGGAGGCCGCGCGCGGGGUCGGGGGCGAGGUCGGUCGCCGCGAGGAGAGCGUACGGCGGCGGCGGCGUCGCGGGACUCGCGGCGGUCGCCGCUCGCGUCUUCGCGUUCUUUUAGACGGAGACCGAAAUCGAGUCGCGUCGUCGCGUCGUCGCGUCGUCUUCAAAGUAAAUUAUGUCUCAACAAAUCAAAAGAUAUCUC